GUCAAAAUAAAUCCUGCUUUCCCUAGUUUGAGAGAAACUGUAAGCAAUUGACCAUGUCCUCUACCGACGACGAUAACUGGUCGAUGCAGUGCUGUGAGCUGGACGAUUUGAUCCCAGCCCCGGAGGAGCUAGAAAGUGGAUACGUUGCGCUGGAAAACGGCACCUAUCCGUUAGAAUUGAACUGGAAAUGUCCUGGACGGAGACCACCAUCUCCAGUGCAAAAGGAUGAGCCCAAACCGGCGGAAAUAGUGGAAAAGGAACAACCAACUAAAAACAAAGAAUUCGACUUCAUGGAUGACGUUGCUCUGCCCCAGAUGCGAGUCCGGACGCAGAACAGUGGACCGAAAGGAUCGGCCAAAAAGAAAACUACCAAUUUCGCCGGUGUUCUAGAUCAGAUGAAAAAGCACGGUCGAUUGACACCUCUGAAGGAUGGUGCUGCUGGCGGGACCGGUAACGUCGCGGCUACAACCGGUAGCGGGGGAAGCUCUACGGCAAAUGUGUCAACUAGUUGAAUUAGUGUUA